UGCAACGGUACUUUCGCUUUACUGCUUUACCGUGGUUGUCAUAACAACUCGGUUUCAUCCGGGGAACGGUCUAACCUCGUGGCGUCAUAAGCAACGGCUGCGUUCGUUUCAAACGGUUUCAAAUCACGAGGAGCGGAUUUAAACGUUAACAAACACUGGCUUUAGGGUGAUAUAGGCCCAAAUGAAGGUACAUUUGAUCUGAAAAGUUCAACUGUGCUCUUGGAGCAAGGGAGUUUUUCAUAACUGAUAGGUUUGGAGAUGUGAAAGUGAACAGAAGGAAAAGAAAACUGCUUCUACAAGUGUAAUGGCAUUCAGUUCCUGUCUGUACGUUACCUCCCCCUGAAAGACGUAGGUUUUCUCCUAAACAGCAUGCUGGUGCAGAGCAUAAAUCAGCAGAAACGGGAAGACGUCCGCAUCUCCGUCACUUUCUCCGUUCCUUCUGCAGCAUGAAGUGUGACCUCGAGAAGAAACUCUUACUUUUUUCAUUCGUGCUGUACUUGAUUCUUAACGUGGAGUCGGCGCAUGAAGUCAAUGGUACAUCGGAAGGAAACAUCACUGUCAAAUUUACUUUACAAGACCCUGUUGUCAACAAAAUCACUGAUAAACCUAGUCUGUACAAAGAUGGGGGAAAGAUAGGAAGUUGCAGACAAGACAGCCCUUGUAAAGAAAAGUUUGCAUUCAUUGAAAUGGAAAACAGGACUGUCACACUACACAUCACAAAUCUCACACUGGAAGAUGAAGGAACAUAUUAUGUUGUAGUGUAUUCUGAUGGUGCUAACCCUCUUAUUGAGAGCAAUAGAAUUGAUAUUAAAGUCAUAUUAGGCAAUACAACAACAGAAACUACACCCACAGCUGUGCAUGAAAAUGUAGGGACUAAUUCACCUAAACUGGAGCUAUUGGAACAAAAUCCAUUCUUCAUUUUCUUCAGCGCAUCAGUCUUAAUAUUUAUAUGUCUUCUUGUGGGCAUAUUGUGGUGGCUUUUUAGGACCUAUCCAAGAAAACCAGAUGCAGAAAACCCACCAGUUCACAGCAACAGAUCAACGCAACCGCAGGGGCAGUGUGGGACAUCCGGUGCUGUGUUUGUCAGCUGUGUGGAGUAUGGAGAGUUAGACUUUCAAAAUAGAUCUGAAAGAGAUGACAGAGUAAAACCUGCCGAGGCGACAUCAAAGGCCCAGGACGGAGUGGAAUAUGCUGCCAUCAUUUUCCCUCAGCAAAAACAGCCACCGCGCGGGCGGAUGAAAAAUAAACAGCAAGUACCUGCUAUUAAGUGAUAGUCAUAAAACUCAUAAAACCAUAUCAUGUAUUGUCCACUAAAGUUAGUCUGUUUUACUGUUUGCUCAUGUAAACCUAAUAUAUACUAUUUGGGAGUUUUAUGGAGAAUGAGUAGAAAUCUUAAGACUUGUUAUGAUUUUUGAUAAUAAUCACAUGAUCACAAUCUGCCACAUACUGUAAGUCAUCUUCUCACUGUUAACAAGUUCAUCCUGAUACUGUAAAUGUGCCACAGAGUUUAACACUGAGUCAUAGUGAGGUGCUAACCACAGAAGCCCCCAUAAAGAAACCCUGAGGUACUUGAAUAUAUAUUUGUACAGUAUUACACAACCCAGGCUCAUUGGAAUGAACGUGCCUUGUCUGCAAAAUGAUAGCAUGUUGGUUUGUUUCACAUUUCGCAACACUUUCCAAGUGAAAUGUCCAGUGAGUGGUCCUAAAAGGACGUUCAAUUCAAUCUAAAACAGAUUAACGUGAAUUUGGCAACGUUUUAUUGAGUUGGUUAUUGUUUGUAUAUCACGGCAGUCUGGUGGGUGGCGCUAAAAGGUCAAAGCUCUACAGCAUUUGCAGUGCUGGGUAGAUUAUUAACUGAUUACAAAUUAAUCAGAAAAAAAAAAUUGUAGUUAUAACUACAGUAACAUAAUCCAUUACAUUACACAUUUUAGGUAAUAUAGGGCCAGAUUUAUUAAACUGGGCAAAUUAGCGUGAGAACGUAAUCCAAUUAAAAGGCAAAGAUGGGAGUGGAAAGUUCUGCAGGUGAUUUAUUCAUAAUGCUCGUAAUAAAGAACACAGACCACUAUAUACUUAGUUAAUCAUGUUGCGUGAUUCAUUUAAAUACUCUCCUCUCAUAAAUUUUGCACCUGAAAGGUAAACUCCUACAAAUGCAUAUUCCCAUAAGGUCAGUCACAAAAAUGACUGUGUCCACACCUUUUCAGUGCUAAUUUUUCCGCUAUACCUAACAAUAGUAUUAAUUAAAGCAAAUAUGAGGUAAACAUGCAUUUGCUGAAGCAAGCGUGCUAUUUCAUGUUGCCACAGGACAAGUGGCGCACAAGUGCAGUGCUGUACCGGGUGCGCUAUUGAGCAAAUUUACUAUGUGACAUACACCAUACAUAUGGAGCUAAUUGCAGUAUGUGAUGCAAAUGCAACACAAAUUACAAUUCAUGCACUAUGGUAGAAGUGUUUUGAGGUCAUAGUAUCACCAGUAAAACUGCAUGAAAAAUCUGUAAUCUGACCCUUUAAUCAUAAUUUGUAUGGAAAGGAAAUGAAAGUUGUUGGUGUUUUGCUGACAUUAGUGUUCAUUGCGACUGGAAACUGCAGCGAGGUGUAUGCAUAGGUACAUUUGUGGAGUUUUGCAAAAAAUAUAGAGGCACGUUUUUUCCAAUAAGCCCAUGUUGCAACCACAAGCAUAUUAUUUCUCGUAUUUGCUCCAUCUGUGGUAUACAUAAGAAUAAUACCUCCAACUGUGGGGCUUAUGAGGAGAGGUUUAUGUGCUAUUACAUUUAAAAAAAAUAAGACUUAUGAUUUGAUAAAACUGGCCAAAAAAAUACCCAGGAUUUGCAUUCGUUGAGGGACCGUUGAGGGAGUCAUUUCCAGACCAGAGACUUGAGAGUGUGGCGGCGAGUUUUGCAUUCACAGACACCACUCACGUUUUCUUCAGAAAAUGUUGAGAUAAGUUUUGAUUUUGUCGUUCUCUUGGUAUCAUUUCCUUAUGCGCUACUAAAAUGCUUCUGUGUAUCCUAACACUAUUUAUCUUAAAAUGUAAGUCAGCUAUGUAAAUUGUAUAUGCUGAUUAUUGCACUUUGUGUGUAAAUAUUGUACUUGAAUGAGUUCUGUACUACAUAUGAAUGUAUAGCCAAGAAGGAGUCUCAAUUUUUUUUUUUAAAUAUUAACAAAGUUUAAAAAAAAAAUAUGAUGCAGCCUGUCAUUUUUAAACACAAUCAUCCUGAUUUAACACUACACACACUCCUAAAUGCCAGAGAGUGUUAUUUUGUUUAGUUAUGUGUGAAGGUUCAUAUGAGCACAAAGAUAACAUUAGAUGUGGCUGCAUGUGUUGGCAGUUGUGAGUAGGAGUGUUGAUAGAGUUAUGUAUACUGUGUUGUAAAACGAGAACUGGAGAAAAUGAAAACGUCUUUCUCUCAGAAAUUUCUGCGAGCAUCAAAACCUAACAUUUAUAACCACAAAAUAUGCAGACACUAAGAAGCAUGACUCUAAGCUGCAUGGCGAAGAGUUUCCAGCACCCACACAUGCUUGUCCUGAAUAUCUAAUGAGAAACGCGAUAUGGCCUAUUAGAAAAAAACAGUGGGCCGACCUAUAUUUACACACGUAAGUUUCACUUGUUUUCGGGUUAUAGUGAAAUGUUUCCUUUCAGUCAACAAAACCGUAGUGCCGGUUAAGCAUUUAUCAUAGCUGAUACCAUGCGUCUCAUUUUCCACUGAUGGCCCUCA